CGGGGUCAGCCCGUGACCCGGCGUAAGCCGUAUUUCAGAGAAUAACUCGUUCUAGGGUGACCUUCGGUUCGACUGCACUGUGAUGCGGCAGUCACGUGAAAAAAAGGGUCACAGUUCAACAUUCCAUCCCGUGUGUAACCAGCGUAGCACGAGGACAACCUACUCCCGCAAAAAAAAGCGAGUUGAAGACAUGUCUAACCCAAAAGUCUUUUUCGACAUCACCGCCGACGGUUAUUCGCUGGGCCGAAUCGUCAUGGAGCUACGUGCCGAUGUUGUCCCCAAGACAGCAGAGAACUUCCGAGCCCUGUGUACCGGGGAGAAGGGUUUUGGGUACAAGGGCUCUACCUUCCACCGGGUCAUCAUUGAUUUCAUGUGCCAGGGGGGAGACUUCACCAACCAUAACGGAACCGGAGGCAAGAGCAUCUACGGCAACAAGUUCCCAGAUGAGAACUUCCAACUCAAGCACACAGGCCCGGGUAUCCUGUCCAUGGCCAACGCAGGCCCGAACACCAACGGUUCACAGUUCUUUCUGUGCACUGUAAAGACUUCUUGGCUGGACGGCAAGCACGUGGUGUUCGGGAGCGUCGUGGAGGGCAUGGACGUGGUGAAGAAGGUCGAGUCGUACGGCAGCGAGGCAGGCAAGACUUCCAAGAAGAUCGUCAUCGCCGAUUGCGGGCAGCUGUGACGUGGUCGUCUGGGGUUCUGUUGAUCACAGAUUGAUCAUAGAUUUAUUGAUCUCUGUUGCCGUUCAUUCUUGGUGUUGCAGGCAAACGAACGUGUAAUGGCUUAAAAGAAUCGACUAAUUUGGUGACUCAUCAAAAACUACUGAAAUGUGGUCGUCUGUGAUCUUGAUAACUCUAACAGGCUAACCACUCUGACUAUAUAGAGACAAAAGUUUGCCAGGGGAGUUUGGCCACUAUAUGAUUUCAUUUUCCCACACAUUUAGGCCAUGUUGAUUUAAUUAUAUGUCUGACAUCCAAUCGCGCAUCAAUUUUUGGGCGUUUCCAAAAAUAAAAUAAAAAGUUUUCACCGUACAAAGCAGCUUAAAAUAUAUGCAGCUUAAAUAUAAGCAAAUAUCUGCUGUGCAUUGCAAAAAAAUUGGAAAACGUAUAGUAAUGUCAUAGAAUAUUCAAGGUUAAAGAAGAUGUGAAAGAACAAAAAUUAAGAAUCAACGGUUCGGAAUACAUCGUAUCAUAUUCUUAUCUGUGCGUUCAGUCAAAUGUACAACCUUUCUGACCACAAGAUUUCAUAAUGAAGACAACUUUUUUGGGUCAAAGAUUUUAUACGCACGCUCGCAUCAGAAUUCGGGUUCCCAGGGGAUGUCAUCCAUAUAAUCAAAUCAACAUGGCCUAAGGAAUCUAACAGAGCUAGCUCAAGUCCCACAUGUCUCUGUUGCCAUUUAAUCUUGGUGGUGCAGGCAAACGUGCAAUGGCUUAGAAGAAUCCAAUUAAAAUUAAUGAAAACUUUUGGUGGCUCAUCAAAGAAAAUGCAUGUUUUCUGCUUAGUCAAUUUCGUCAACGCCAACGUCUUUAUACACAAUAUCAUGUGAAAAAUACAGGAAGGUUAAUGUUUCACCCUAAGCCUGCAAAAACACUUCGGCAUUAUUCCCAAGAAUGAUUAAAGAUUGCUAUUGCUCUAUAUUAUCUGUUUUUGCGUUGUUAUCCAUAAGUAGUUUCAUCAUUGGUCAAUCAACUGAACAUAGUUUUCGUAUGCAUACAACCUUAUUUCUCCUAU